GAGAUGACAAGACCAAUCUCCCGCGGAAUGCCAUACCUCGUUUCGUCCCGGGGACCACGGACGUGACCGAGUAUGGAAAGACGUUGGAGUUCCUGGCCUCGAUCUGGCCUGAGGAACACGUUCGCGCACUUGCUCCUCGAGUUGCUCUCCUUUGUGAAGGAACCGCGUUCAAGAAGAUAGCACGCCUGAGUCCUGACAAACUCAAGGCUUCGGAUACAUCAGGUGUAAAGCUGAUGUUGACAACCCUGGGUGGAGCCUGGGGACAAACUGUCCUGGAGGCAAAGUAUGAGCAGUUUGAGAAGGCAAUCUAUGGCACAAGCCAGCGCAAUGACGAGACAAAUGACAGCUACCUGGCUCGUCAGGAUGUGCAUUUUGAGGAGCUCCUCACCCAGAAGGUGACGUUGGAGAAGAUCCGUGCCUAUAUUCUUUGGAGACAGUUACAGCUUUCUUCGGAGGAUACUAAGAAGAUAGUGAUUGAGCACGGUGGCAAGCUUGACUAUGACAAUGUCUGCAAGUCCAUUAGAAUGUUGGGCUCGCGAUUCUUCGGAGAGUUUCUUCAAGGAAAACCAGGAUUGACUCGCAACCGCAUCUACGACGUCAACUUCGCUGAGGAUGAGAACACGACCAUCGAAGAGUCUUCUGGAGAGCGAGCCUUUGCAGCUCAGGCUUCCAGCUCUACGGACGAGGGGGAUCUUGAUCUUGAUCAGGAGUUUGUUGACGCCCUGGUCGCUGCUGAAGAUGCAGAUGCCCUCCAGGAGACUCCAGAGCUGCAGCAGGCCCUAGUGUCCUACCUAGAGGCCAGAAAUCGCCUUCGCGACAAACAGCGAAAUCGUGGCUUUUGGCCAACAGGAAACAGCAAAGGGAAAGGCGGCCGCAAGGGCUUUGGCAAGGGCAAAUCCAAGAGCCGCCGUGAUCGUGAGCAGCUCCUUCAUCGGAUUGCUCGCUCUACUUGUAGAGCUUGCGGUGAGAAAGGACAUUGGCGCGCAGAGUGUCCUAACAAAGGUGCCAAAGAUCGCGAGAAUCCAGCUGGGGUUGCUCAGGUGGAAAAUGAUCAGACCUCCGAGGUCUAUGAAGAUGUCCCUGAGGCAGCUUCUUUGGCAUCGUGGACGGAGGAGUGUGCCUUCUUUGGGAUAGGGUCACAGGGAGUUCAGGGUCAAGGGGUUCCGGUUUCUUCGGGUUUGUUUCGUAGACAUUUCCGGGUAGCUCAGGCCAACAUGGAACAAUUCAUGCGCCGUUUGAAGCAAGCUACACCUGCGGUGAACUUCCCUACCCCUGCCCUAAAGCCUGAACCCAUGUCAGACACAGCCCUUAACCCUAAGUAUGUUCAUCCCAAAGGGCCACCCCAAUCAACCUCACGUAGGACAUGA